CUGAACUUCGUGUGCGUCAUCAAAACAAUCCCGUCCUGAUGGUGAGGAGAUUGUUAUUGUUUCGAGAAGUGAUAUCUGACCAUCGUUCACAAGCUACCAGCGCAUCAGAAGAUAUCCAGAAGAAACUAGAGCAAGACCAGAGCAGUUAACGCGCGGUAGCAAUCACCAUCGUAUCAUUCAAGGCCUACCAAGAGUGGAUACCAUGUUUCGGGAUCCCAUAAUUUCCGCCAUUUCCGCGUUCAGACAGAAGCGGGAGAAUCAUGUUCAGAGAAUGGCUUCGUUAUCGAAAGCACACCAAUGCAGCGAACAGCUCAUGCCGCAGGGUAACUUGAAAACCACCCGCCAGGUUGACCGGGCUCCCCUUGGAUGGCCGUGAUAGUCCGUCGCUUGUCGAGAGAGGCGCGCCCAUGUCUCAACUUGGUCAACGCUGCCCAUUGGCUGAAACGGAUCGUAAUCUUGAGCGCCUGAGCUGGGCUCAGCCCAUAUGGAUAUGCUCGGAAGCUCAACCAGAAGGUGAUGGAUAAAUUGAAAUACACAAGGUCAACGUAGGUUUUCUCUUUCCCGCCAUCCAGAAUGGCGCCUCAGGUGAACCUGACCAUUGUCGUUUUCGCAAGCAUAUUAUUGCUGUUCAGCUUGUUCACAAAAGUUCAACAGUGGAGAGCGUUGAACAGGUUUCCUGGGCCUGUCCUGGCACAAUGGACACGGUUAUAUAGGGCGUAUUAUGACAUAGUUGUUGGCGGAGGAUGGAUCGAACACCUUCAAGAGCUUCACGAGAUCUACGGUCCUGUAGUGAGAAUCGGUCCGAACGAGCUACAUUUCAGUGACCCGACGGCCUACACAGAUAUCUACACCUCUACGCCAAUACAUCUCAAAGAUCCUUACAUGUACAACACAUUCGCUAUUCCACCUUCAUCCUUCUCCGAGACCGAUCCGAAGGAAUACAACAUAAUCAAGUCAUUGACGUCUUCCUUCUUUUCACGGAAGUCUAUCUUGGGUGUCGAACAUGUUAUUCAGAAGCAGGUUGACAAAUUUCUCGUACAACUACUCAAGCACCACAAAACCUCUCCCGCCGAUAUGGACAAGGCAUUUCGUUCGACCACACUAGACAUCAUCACCCUUUACACAUUUGGUUACUCCAUCGAUGCCAUAUCAUACCCGAACUUUGAACACCCCGUUCUAGUAGGCAUCGACAAACACGUCAAGAAGCUCUGGAUAUUCAAACAUUUUCCCUUGGUCAAGCAACUCGCAGUGUCCCUCCCUCCCUCGCUGGUCAUGGUACUUGUUCCUGAUGCUCGGCCUACCUUGGAGUUUACGGGAGAAAUGGAAAAGUUGGUUGAUUACACAUUGAAAGAUCCCUACCGACCUGAGGGGCAAAAGACUCAGAACAUCUUUUAUACACUUUUGAACGACGUACAUGGCGAAAGAAAAAUGAAACAGAGUCACAAAGUGACGAGAAAAUGGUUGAUAGGUGAAGGACAGGUGCUGAGGGUGGCGGGUAGUGACACCGUUGGGAAUACAUGUACGAUCGGUGUGAGGUGUAUCUUGAGAGAUCCGAGGGUAUUGGAGGAGUUGGUGGAAGAGUUAGAGAAUGCAUGGCCAGAUAAAGAAGAGCCUAUGGCUUACGACAAGCUGGAAAAGCUACCGUAUUUGACAGCAGUUAUCAAGGAAAGCCUUCGUAUGGCGACUAGUAUUGUAACUCCUCUUGCCAGAGUUGUGCCCCCUACAGGAUCCAUGAUUGCAGGUUAUCCUGUUCCGCCUGGGACCGUUGUUUCAAUAGGGAACACGUUCGUACAUCAAAAUCCUCAAGUGUUUUCGGACCCAACACGGUUUUUACCUGAACGAUGGAUGCAAGACAACCAUCAUGCCCUUGACAAGUACCUGGUGGCGUUCGGCAAGGGUCACCGUAGCUGCAUAGGAAUCAAUCUCGCCUGGUGCGAACUGUAUUUGUUGUUUGCAAACGUUUUUCGAAAGCUUGAGCUUCGAGCGACUCACAAUUUGAAUUCAAAGUUACGGGUGAUGGACUACUUCGUACCAUUCUAUGAGGGAGAGGUCCUACAUGCUACUGUUAGCGAACGAUCAUGACGAACGGGUAGCCUCGCGUAUCCAGCCGGCUGUGAACACCCCCGGGGAAGAAAUCUUUGAAGAAUCUCCUUAGCUGCGGGGAUAGCUGAUUUUCUCGGCGUCAUGUUACACUCAUUCCCCUUCUAUCGUCAUGCUCGUACUUGACCGUGUUCGUCAUGGUCUUUUAUGUCCUUUUUGUCUCAAUUCCUCCGAUUAUGCACGAAUGACACCAAAUUUUGCUCUAUCCUUCCCUUCCAUAUGAAAGAGUUCAAGAACUUUAUUCAGCUGCAUACGGAGGAACUGAUUCCACCAGCCAUGGCCUGAGACUGCUAAUACACCCCGCGGCUACUUUUACAUCGUUCACUUUCUGGACGAGGUCACUGUCAGAGGCCCGAGUCGGUGAGCUUUAGAAAGUGGACUAAACCCUAAGGAUCAUCGUUUGCGGCAUUCGUAGUUGCGAAAGAAAUCAGCGUUCAUCUCUCCCUGCUCCUGCCGCACCGCCAUUCCUACCGUCCCUUUGUUGAAGUGUCACUCUUUCAGCACAAACAUCUAAACCCUUUCGGUCCGGCAUGCCGCAUUUCUGGUCGCCGCACCUGUAAAUUCACGGCUUCGGAGUAUGGAACCCUCCUUUCGUACACCAGCUUGCACCCCUGGGACUCCCUGAAGUGAGUUGCAUGCGGCCAUGAGUGGUCACUGGGAGCGGUUCAAUGGAGAAAGAGAAAGGCCAUUGGCCCGGCGAACUCGAAUCCCCGCCAGUACUUUCGUUAUUUCGCUGCUGACCCUGAUGGGUGCACUACUUUUCUAGGUUAGCUCACUUGUCUUGUUAUGCCUAUGGGCUCAUGACUUGAUGAAAUUCAACUGUUUUUCUUCCGUA